UCGGCCACACCCGCUGUGGGAAGGGAGGAGCCAGCCAGCCACCACCCACAGCGGCCACACAUCCUCGGCGGCUCCAUGGCUCCUUCCUCCUCCCGCCGCCCCCUACGCCACCACCAGCCUCUCCUCCUAAUCCUCGCCAUCUCCGUCUCCGGCCUCCUCGCCUCGGUCCCAGCAUCGGCCGCCGAUGGGCGGCCGGAGCUGGGAGGAGACGGCCUGCACAGGGAGAUUCUCAGGGACGAGACCGUGCUGAGGCUCAAGGAGCUGGGCAAGAUAUCUGAUGGGGAAGGCUACCUCGAAAGGACGUUCCUGAGUCCAGCAUCUAUCAGAGCCACUGCUGUCAUCAUCAGCUGGAUGAAAGAAGCGGGGCUCACGACGUGGGUUGAUCAAAUGGGGAAUAUUCACGGUCGGUUUGAGCCGGAAAAUUCUACCAAAGAGGCCUUAUUGAUUGGAUCUCAUAUGGACACUGUCAUUGAUGCUGGAAUGUAUGACGGAUCAUUGGGUAUUAUUAGCGCAAUCUCUGCUUUGAAGGUUUUGAAAGUUACUGGGAAACUGCAAAGGCUAACUAGACCAGUCGAGGUCAUUGCAUUCAGCGACGAGGAGGGUGUUAGAUUCCAGACAACUUUUCUGGGGAGCGCGGCUGUAGCUGGUACACUACCUGAAUCAAUUUUACAAGUAUCAGACAAGAGUGGUACUACAGUGCAAGAUGUUCUGAAAAUGAAUUCUUUUGAGGCUACUGCUGCUGCUAUUACUCAAACCAGGUACAAGCCAGAGUCAGUGGGGAGCUAUGUUGAGGUACACAUGGAGCAAGGCCCUGUCCUGGAAGCCCUCCAUUAUCCGCUUGGUGUUGUAAAAGGAAUUGCAGGCCAGACGCGAUUAAAGGUAAUAGUAGAUGGUUCACAAGGGCAUGCUGGCACGGUUCCAAUGAAAUUGCGGCGUGAUCCGAUGGUUGCAGCUGCAGAGCUGGUUGUGACUCUGGAGCGCCUCUGCAAAGAGCCCAACAAGCUGCUGACCUACGACGAGGAGUGCGGCUGCUUCACGGAGGAGUCCCUCGCCGGGCUGGUGUGCACCGUGGGGGAGCUGCUGACGUGGCCCAGCGCCAGCAACGUGAUUCCGGGGCAGGUGAACUUCACGGUGGACAUCCGCGCCAUGGACGACCAGGUGAGGGAGACUAUCGUGACCAGCUUCUCGAGGCUCGCCCUCCAGAGAUGCGACGACAGGCUGGUCGACUGCAGAGUCGAGCACAAGCACUCGGCGCCAUCGACGCUCUGUGACCCGGAGCUGACCUCCCAGCUGAAGCUCGCGGCGCGGUCGGCCGUGUCGGCGAUGCCGGGGCGCUCCGUGGUGUCCGCCGCCGCUGCGGAGACGCCCGUGCUGAUGAGCGGCGCGGGGCACGACGCGAUGGCAAUGGCCAAGCUCACAAAGGUCGGGAUGCUGUUCGUGCGGUGCCGCGGCGGCGUGAGCCACUCGCCGGAGGAGUCGGUGAUGGACGACGACGUGUGGGCCGCGGGCCUCGCGCUGGCCAGCUUCAUCGAGCAGGCGGCGGUGGUGGCGAAGGUGGCGGAGGUCGUCGAGCAGAACGCGGUGGUGGCCGAGUCGUGAUGGUGACGAUUCUUUCGGGGGUAGGCCGGUAGCCUGCAACUGUAAAUAGACUGUUCGUUGUUGCUACAUUGCAAUUGGACAGGAAUAAAAAAAAGGAACAGUUCUCUUCGUUGAGACCGUAAGGAGGCCGGUGCUCUCAGGCCCACGUGCCGCUCAUCCAGAGAGCCGGGCCACGGAUGGAACAGAUGGGCCGUGGGCCGGGACCACUCGACACGAUCAGGCGGCCCGCCGGCCCCGCAGCCAGAGGGCUGGGCCGCCCCGUUCGUAUGAUUGUGUGUAAUAGCGGGCUUUCGUAUGACAUUUUUUGUGUAACAUAUUUCAGUGAAAACUCAAAUUUAUAUAGUUCAUAAGAA